AGUCCUGCUAACCGGUAUGCUAAUAAACCAAUGCGAACAAGAACAUCUCCGGUGAUGCGGUCUGCGUUGUGCGUCCUGCUAAUCUGUCUGGUUGAUGCUUAAAACAUGACACUGAACAGAAAAGAGAAGUCAAUUUAAUAUUUAGCGUCGUGAGGGUUAUUUUGUUUACGAGAGAAAUGGAUCCGUCUAGGAGGAGUGACGGUGAAUGGCAGGGGAUGGUCAACGAGUUCCUUAUUUGUAAGAGCAAGUUGGAGAGUAAGAAGGAAGCUCUCCUGAUCCUGUCCAAGGAGCUGGACACCUGCCAGCAGGAGAGGGAUCAGUUCAAGUUGAUGGCCAACCAGCUUCGAGAGCGCCACCAAGGACUCAAGAAGAAGUACAGAGAACUCAUUGAUGGAGAUGUGUCUUUACCUCCCGAAAAACGCAACCAAGUGAAUUUAAUUCAACUCCUGAGGGACUCCAGAGAAAAAAGCAAUGGUCUUUGUGAGGAGGUGAAGGAGUUGAAACAACGCCUGGCGGAAGCACAGGGAGACAACAAGCUGUUAAGAAUGACCAUCACCAAGCAAAGGUUAGGAGAUGAUGAGGUGGGAGCUCGCCAUUUUCCAGCACACGAGCGUGAAGACCUCGUCAAACAGCUGGAGAGAGCCAGAGAGCAGAAUGAGGUUCUGGAGCACAGUGUGAAAUCUCUCAGCGAUGAGCUUCAGGACGUACGGGCAGAGCGUGACGUGUUCCAGCAGAAAGCGCAUCGCCUCAACGUGGAGAUGAACCACAUUGUUGGGAACGGCGCAGUGCGGAUUAUGGACAUUGAUGCGCUCUGCAUGGAGAACAGGUAUCUGCACGAUCGGCUCUGUCAACUUCAGGAAGAGGUCACCUUGCUCAAAACUAAUCUGGGCAAGUACAAGAGUGCAUUGGAGUGCAGAAAGAACAUCAAAGCAUGUGGGAAGCCCAACAGUAGUGCACUCACCGGAGUGCUCUCAGCCAAACAAGUGAAGGAGCUGCUUUCUGAGGAAAGCGGCUGCACGUUACCUGUCACCUCCCAGUCUAUCUCGGACCUCAAGUCUCUGGCCACCGCUCUCCUGGAAACCAUUCACGAGAAGAACAUGCUGAUUCAGCACCAGCGGCAAAUUAACAAGGUUCUUGGAAAUCGAGUUGCAGAGCUGGAGAAGAAGCUUAAAACUCUUGAGACGUCUGGAGUAUGGAGUCUGCCAGGCCUCACUUACCACGUGUCUGUGGGCAUUUGUGGAAAGCUGAAAGACCUACAAGCAAACAGCGCAACAGGAGAGUCGCAAAACGAGGGCCAGCAGAAAUCAUCAGGACUUCUAACACAAGACAGCAGAACACCAGCAGAACCUCCUGAGACAUCACCACCACCAUUGUCAUCAGAGGAGGAGCCAGUCAGCCAUCAGACCAGCAGGGAUGAGGUUCCUGAAGGUGAUAUGAACAUGCCCAUCGUGCCAACACCUUCAGAGCAACCCUCAGUGACAUGUGAGGUCACCGAAGGAAGAAGAGGAGGAGAGAAAGACAAAGAGGGAGUAGAAAGUGGAGAAACGGAAUGUUUCAUUGUAGAUGAAUGUGUCGCCGAGGAGCAAGACAUGCAGCGAGAGCAGGAGUUUGCUGAAGGGACAGACGGUACAGCACCUUCUGUUUGACACUGUGGUAAAAACAAGACAAUUACCCCCAUACAUUCCAGGAUCCUUUUAGAACAGGGUCACCAACCCGUCAAUCGAUCGUUGGGACUUCGCUGGUCUAUCACGAGAAUAUUGGGAAACAAAAUCUAUUAUUACAGUACACCAGUGCCACCCUCUCCCACAGAGUGGCCAACAGGCAUGUAUUUUGACCACUAAACACGGGCGUCCGCCUCGCCGCCCUCCAGCCACGCAACCCACAGGUUCUAGCCUGAAGCCCAGACCUCAAAAUCUGUCCGUCGGUACCAGCGCAUGUUCACGUCUGACACUAGGAAUCUUGGCCUCAAAAAGGUUGGUGACCACUGUUUAGAAACGUCCAUCCCUUCAGCCAUCAUUUGCUAAGGUAACAGCAGCCAGGGACAGGACACUCCCAACAAUACAACUCACUACAAAGCAAACAGGCAAACAAACAGGCAAUCAUUAUGGACACAGAAGAUGGAACAUGAAAUGAUGUUAUGUAGCAAAUGGGGACAGGUGUAAAAAUAAUCCACAUCUUGAUGGAAAAUGGGGCACACUGCGUUGCUGCAACCGCUACAGUCGUCUGUGGUUGUAAGACAAAAACAUGUAAAAACAGGUCUUGAAAAAGGUGGUCCACUUUAUAUUGAAUGUAAUUUUACAAAUGGGUCACAAUCCACUUACCACUCAAAAAAGACAUCAAAUUUAAAUCCACUUUUAUUCCAAACAUAUUCAAUUCAAAUGCAUACUUUACAGAAAACUUUUAUGAUGCCAAAUUUAUAGCACUGGUCAUUGUUGUGGUGAAAGUAUUAACUCUAACUCUAUUAAGUCUAGCUCUGCUGUAUAUCUACUUUGUUUGGAAAAUACAUCAAAUUCUGCAUAAUACAGUACAGAGUGGGUCAUAAGUUUCCAUUUCGAUUCAUUCAUAUUGAACAACUGUUUUUAUUUAUAUCAUAUGUUGUAUAUGAUUACCAUUGUUUUGAUGACUUUGUGUGUUUUACACUGUUCAUUAACUUGCAUUAGCACAGUCGAAGUUAUGGAUGUUUAUAAUGGCAUUGGUGAUACGUUCCUUGAGAUGAAUAAUGUUUCGUAUCUUCAACUGAUAUACCAUGACCUUCAAGUGCCCCAUAGAGCUUUAAAAUAUAUAUAUAUAUCAAUCUUAUGGCCCACCCUGUAGUUUUCAUACUGGUUUGUUGAGUCUAAAAAGCAGAAAGACCAAGAUUCAUGUCCUGAAGUUAAAUACGUUAUGAGCUAGUUAUAGAAGAUCUACAAUAAUAUGGAAUUAAAUUCCUUGCACACGCUUAUUGAUCUGUGGAUAGUACAUAUUCCAGAGAUUGGGAGAGGAAAUGCCAAUAAUGCAGCAGCCCAGCCUGCGACCUGCAUUUCCAUGCAGCAGACUGCCAGCAUCUCCCCCUUGACCAAAGUCAUCCCUCCUCUCAUGGACCACCACUGCUCUUCCAAGCACAGACAACCCCCCAAACAGUGUGGCCUCAGACUCCAACAUUGCAUAGAUUUUGCCUUGAUGGGGAGCAAAGUGUCCAAAAUCUCCAGGGUGGUUAGGGUGAUCAACACUUAGGGGGUUGUAGUGUCCCCCGGUGGAAUCGCACCCCUGUUGCAGAUCUCCGUACUGGUGGAUGUGCACCGCCCUUGGCUCGCUCCCCCCGGGGAAACCGUGAAAGCCGAGUAGGACUUUGAGCUUUCCGUGAGGAUAAUCCUGCUUGAACAGGACUUGGCCGUAGACUUUGGGUAAACCCUCAGCCAGCGAGGAGCUUGGUCUCAUCUUACAGGCUGCAUACAAGGUACCAUUGUUCUGUGGGACCUCUGGUGGAGCCAAAGUGUCGCUGUCACCUGAGACACAUUGGAAGACAACCAGCACAAGCAGCACUGCUAUAUGCAUUGACCUGGAAGACAUCAAAACACAUUUAACUAUAUACUCUAUAGUCCAUAGUUCAUCCAUCCUCACUAGGGUCGCCUAUCCCAGCUGAUUCGUGGUGAGACGGGGUACACCCUGAACUGGUUGCCAGUCAAUACCAGGCUACUGAAAAGUCAAACCUCCUACUAAAUCAGCCAAUGAACCCAUAGCAAAUAAUCUAAGUGAAUGUAUUUGUUCCAGGAAGUUAACCACUGUAUAAUAAAAUUAAAAGCAACUAAAAAUGAGGGUGGCUGCACGGUGGUUGAGUGGUUAGCGUACAGACCUCACAGCUAGGAGACCAGGGUUUGAUUCCACCCUCAGCCAUCUCUGUGUGGAGUUUGCAUGUUCCUCCCACAUUCCAAAAACAUGCUAGGUUAAUUGGCGACUCCAAAUUGUCCAUAGGUAUGAGUGUGAGUGUGAAUGGUUGUUUGUCUAUAUGUGCCCUGUUAUUGGCUUGCGACCAGUCCAGGGUGUACCCCGCCUCUCACCCAAAGACAGCUGGGAUAGGCUCCAGCACCCCCCACGACCCUCGUGAGGAAAAGCAGUAGAAAAUGAAUGAAUAAAAAUGAGGGUAAAACAAAGCACAUGCUGUUGGAUCACAUACAUUUAAUACCAGAAAUACUCCAAAUAACGCUUCUAUUUUAUUAACUCUACAACUCUAGUAAAACAAUUACUGUUACUGCCAUGUUGUGCAAUGUACUUAAUAAAUGAC